CUGAUUUGCUAACAAGUAUUAAUCAACGCCGAAAAACCUUUCACUACUUCCGUAUAUGAUUGGCGCAUCUUUCACUCGUGUCUCUCUAGAAGAACAUCUCUCUCUCUCCCCCAGCCAUAUGAAUUCCCGUAAUUUUCUGUGAAAUCUUGAAGUAGUAGGUGUUUUGGCUGCUGAAAAUCCAUUCAUACACCAGGUCGGAGCAUCAAAGUAAAUUAGACAUCUGAGUUUUACAUUGAAGCGAUGGCGUCGUUGGCGGAGAAACGACCUGUGGAUCCGUUGCUAAAAGAUCUCAGUGAGAAAAAACAAAACUUCCGGCGAAACGUGGAGUCGCUGGGGGCAGAGCUCAAGGAGGUCCGAGGCCGUCUUGUUUCGCAGGAACAGUCGUCUGCUCGCGAAAGCAUAAACAGACAGGAAGCAGAAACCAAAGCCAAAUACCUGGAAAAAGAGAUAAGUAGAUUGCAGAAGAGUUUAGAUGACAGAAAUCAGCAGCUUCGGGCUUCAAAAUCUGCGGCCCAGAUGUAUGUAAGGGAUUUGGAUGAUCUGAAGUCGCAGCUUUCAGCAACUAAAGCAACUGCAGACGCAAGUGCAUUAUCUGCUCAAUCUGCACAAUUACAGUGUUCUGCAUUGUUGAAAGAACUAGAAGUGAAAAAUUGCUCUUUAAAAGAGCACGAGAAUCAUGUGAAUAAAAUGGGAGAACAAUUAGAUCUUUUACAGAAGGAUCUUCAAACAAGGGAAAUUUCUCAAAUGCAACUCAAAGAUGAAGUCUCAAGAAUUGAGCACGAGAUCAUGCAAGCAUUAGCUAAGGCUGGAGCAAAUAAAGAUUGUGAGCUUAGGAAAAUAUUAGAUGAGGUUUCCCCAAAGAAUUUUGAAAAGAUUAAUAAGCUUUUGACUGUGAAGGAUGAAGAAAUAGCUAAGUUGAGGGAUGAAAUUAGGAUUAUGUCCGCUCAUUGGAAGCUGAAGACUAGAGAGUUGGAAUCUCAGUUAGAGAAGCAUCGUAGAGUUGAUCAGGAGUUGAAAAAGAAAGUCCUCAAGUUAGAGUUUUGUCUUCAAGAAACUCGUUCUCAAACUAGGAAGCUGCAAAGGAUGGGAGAGCGAAGAGAUAGAGCUCUGAAGGAACUGAGAGAUCAAUUGGCUGCAAAACAACAGGGUGCACCAGUAAAUGAAAAACAUACUCCAUGGGAAACUUCUGGUUUCAAGAUUGUAGUUUCGAUGUCAAUGUUGAUCUUAGUAGUAUUUUCAAAGAGAUAAUUUGAUCUUAGUAAUAUUCUCGAAGAUGUUAUGUCGUUGCAGCAUCUAUUCCUACUCUAUACUAAGAUUACAUACGUAGAAGUAAAGUCGAGUAGAAUAGGUCAUGUGCAUAUUCUGUUUUAUUGUAGAAAUGUGCACUUUGAAGGUUGUUUUCUUUUGUAUUCAACAUCAUAACCCUCUUGUUAUGCCUCAGUUCUUAGAAUGGCCACAGUUUUAAUGAAAA